GUCGACUGCGUUUGAUAGAGACAUUUGUCUUCGAGUCGUUUCUCCAAGUAUAAAAGCUCACGGCUCUUGCGUCGUAUGUAACAUUUGGUGACCGACAAUCUUCUAAGAAUCAAGCUGUUUCGUUCGUCCAAAAAAGAACGAAAACAAAUCACCGUGCCAACAUGGUUUCUAUUCGUUUUAUCCUAACUAUUGCCGUUAUCAUGGUAGCCUUCGUCAUUAGCGCAAAUGCAGGCUACAAAAAACCACCCUUUAACGGUAGCAUAUUUGGCAAACGAUCCAAUACUAUUACUGAUUACGAAGUUACCAGCCGCGCUCUAUCAGCUAUUUGUGAAGUUGCCAGCGAAACCUGCACUGCUUGGCUGUCUCACCAAGAAUCCAACUAAAGAUCAUAAAACCGAUCGAGAUAAUUCUCGCCGACUGAUGAAUCCAUAUGAAACAAUGUAACUAACCGAAUUCUUGUAAAGUAUCCGUAAUAAUGUGCUUAAAAGUUCAUCACAUUGUUUUCUAUCGAUAAUCGUUACAUUUCGCAUCAUGUCUAAUCAUAACUUUAUAUUUAAACAAUAUUUAUAAUGGUUUAAGCUUCCACAAUUUAUUUAACAUGAGUCCUAAAUAAAAUAUUAUGAUUUCAAAAGCUAA